CACUAAGUCGCUGAAUAGAGCGCAGUAGUUGAUCCCUACCUCGAAGUGCAUAUCCAAAAUUAGGCUAGGGAAAAUCUGUGUAUUCUAGAUGGUUUUUGAUAACGCACAUGUACGGAAUACAUAUUCUCCAACAAAAUCCAAAAAAAUAUGAUCUCGAAACUCUCAAAAUAAUAACCACGUGAAUAAUUUGGAACUGUUUGCAAAUGCUUAAAUGGACGGUUUCAGUGUGCAUUCUGACAAGAAUGAUGACAUAGACCACAGUCUAAUAAAUGGUCUUUUCAAAGGGCCCAUGAAUGGCUAAAAGUCUGUAAAGGAAAAGUCUACAUAAAAUCUGCUUUCGAAGAAGAACGUAAUCAAUAAAGUGCCCAUCUAAAGAGAUUUGCACCUGGUUGCUUUCAAGCAGGCAGUGCCAGUACGAUUCUCCGCGUAAAACCGUUAAUUUUUGUUUAACCUCUUCUUAUUGAAAGGAAUACCAAGCAAGCCAAUUGACGUACAAGUCACACAACGGACUGCAGAUUCCUUGACUCUCAGGUGGACCGCUGGUAAUGAUGGCGGUGAAGAACAGUCAUUUCGCAUCAGCUAUCUGAAGAUUUCUGAGUCUGGAGGUCAAGAGGUGUUUACCGAUGCAAUUAGAGCAAUUGAUGGACAGAAGGUGUACAUCUACACAGUCAUCUCUCUGCAGCCAAGCACUGAGUAUUUGAUCAGGGUGUAUGCUGAGAAUGGAGUUGGAAGAAAUAUGGAAUCCAUCAAUACGACUGCAUAUACUCUAAUGAAAAAUACCGAAAAGCCACCGGAGUCUGAUGAGUCAAGCAAACAUGUUGAUCUUAUCACUGGCGUUGUUGCUGGAGUUGUAGUGCUGAUUGUUAUUAUCGUGUUUGCUGUUCGACUGAGCAGAAGAGCACGAAGUUAUCCCGCAGUUUCAGAACAAACCAAGAAGGCAUCCCGUAAAAUGAGAAGGCGCCUAAAAAGCAACACGCAAGAGGACAAACGUGCUAACUACAAAAACAUUCUUGAAAUGGAUGCAGUAAGUACAGCUGGCCAGGAGCAGGCUGCCCCUUCGUAUGCUAAUGUAUGCAACUCCCUGAUAGCCUUUCCACGUGAUCAGUUGACCAUUGUGAAAGAAAUUGGGCAUGGAUCCUUCGGUCUGGUAUUCUUAGCGGAAGCUAAUGGAAUCAUCGAAAGAUCAAAGGUCACAAAGGUCGCUGUCAAGACACUUAAAGACGAAGCCAAUAACCUGCAACGGAGGGACAUGCUGAGGGAGCUGGAAUUGAUGAAAAAGUUACCAGACCACCCGAAUGUAGUCAAACUACUCGGCUUCUGCGUAGAUCAAGAUCCUCUGUACAUCAUCGUGGAAUACUUAACAAGAGGAAAUCUGAAAAACCUCCUCAAACAGAGCCGUAGUAAAGGUGGACGUGUCUACCGCAACUUACAUGGCAUCAGCAAGUCACUAGCCUCUACGGAUCUUAUUAUGUUCGCAAAGGACACAGCAGAUGGCAUGGAAUUUAUUUCUUCUCAAAAGUGCAUUCACAGGGACCUGGCUGCACGUAACGUGCUUGUGGCUGAUGAUAUGACGUGUAAAGUGUCUGAUUUUGGACUUGCUCGGGACGUCAUGAACAUUCGAGUGUACGAACGAGAGUCAGAGAGUGCACUGCCCAUGCGCUGGAUGGCUAUUGAGUCAAUUUUGGAUGACGUGUACACAACAGAGAGUGACGUUUGGUCUUUUGGCGUACUUCUGUGGGAGAUAGCAACUCUCGGUGCUCGUCCAUACCCAGCCAUGUCAGCCAAGGUGUUGAUUUCAGAGCUGCAGAAUGGAUUCCGUAUGCCUAAACCACAGCAUUGCCAAGAUGAACUGUACGAAAUGAUGUUAAGAUGUUGGAACGAGGAUCCAGCAAGCCGACCUUCCUUCAAGAUGAUAAGUGAUGAUCUAGACAGACUGAUAUGUGAGGGAAAGGAUUACCUAUCAAUUGAAGAUAUCGAGGACGCCGUGUAUGAAGUGUCUCUGCCGGGUGGCACGUUAGAAAGAUUAUAGACAUUUGUAUAGAAACAGUUUUCAGAGUUUUUUCAAUUAUGCAAACAUUGCUGAUUUACAGUAUUUUUUGUAAAUCAGGAAAACUAUGUCAGGUUAGACGCUUGCCUUUUUUUUCGUUGACUCACUCUUUCAAUCAGGCUUGGUCUCCACCUGCCGUUGGUUACAAAUGUACAUGGCGAUAGUGUAUCAUCGCUAUUGACACAUGUGUCACAGAGAACGUAUAGUUUACAUAAGAAGGUUGAGGUCCAUUACGCAUUCUAUUUUGCUUGUCACUUCUGCCAAACUGCACGAGACAUUCUUCUCAAAUUUCGCAGAAGAGGAACACAAAAAUCGGAGAAAACUAAGCCCAAGCACAAAGAAAGCGCGCCUGUGAAGAGGCGCUUCUAAUAUUGUCUUGCUUGAUUACAGUAUAACGUUAAAUACGCAACAGGCAGAUUUGGUCAGUGAGUGAUUUGCCGUACGAGACGCACUGUGUAUUAUUACUUCACUUUUCACAAGGGAAACAAGAAUACAAUAGGAAGAAAGUUGAUGAUCAAACGAAGAAAUUUCUAGUGCAAUUUGUGUUUUUUUCACAUGAUGCUGAAAUGAGAGAAUCAGUAAGUGCAGUACAUGGGGAACACUUGUACAGUGCUAUUUGAAACCAGCUCAGCGGCUUGUUGAAACGGCAAAAUCAGAAACAAAUGCGGACUCAGUUUGGUCAACACAAUGUUGGGAGAAAAAAUAUAGAAAAAAGCCUUACUCACUGUCCCGACGUCCUUGCUUUUUUAUUUGUUGUUUUCUUUGGGUUUUGGAGCUGUCAAUAAAUUUAUCGAUUUCCGUUUUCAGACCAAAAAGUCUGAUCUCAACAUUCUUUGUCUUGGUAAUAAGUGAUUUUGACAGUCUUUGCUUUUAAAGAUUUUUUUAGUACGGUGUAUAUGCUAAAAGUAAUUUUAAAAUCGGUUCUUAAAAUUAAAUCAAAACCAACUCCGUGUAUGCAUUAAUCGUGUUACAGUGUUUGUCUGUUGAAAUGAACCGAGCUUUUAGUCUCCCCUAAUAAAAGGUCCCUAAGUAACUGAGGUUUUUAAAACUAAUUGGUUGGUCGGGCGUGAAAUACUUCCCUUUCAAUAGCACUUAUCUUUUUACUCCACUUUGAAAUUGCGUUAGUAAUUGAAAAACAUAUUAAAAAAAUAUUUCACCUCAGGAAUGAUCUGUUAGGUUUAAAGCGUGUUAACCACCUUAAUAUCUUUAAUUAUCCCUAAUUGUAUUUGAUGUAUAAUUCUUGCAAGUGCUUACCAAGUCAGAAAAUAAAUCUGGNAAAAAAAUCGUUUUGGUUUUAAUCUA